UUCCCAACUCCCCCCUACCCCAAUCGAUCUGCAGUCUCUCUCUCUCUCUCUCUCUCUUUCUACCACGACUCCAAAGUUGCUCUCUCUCCCUCUCACCCUUGAUAUAUUAUUUUUUUUUAGAGGCUAUUAUUGGUGUUGUGAUUAAGAUUGUUGUUGUUAUUAUGAGGAAUAGUAGUGGUGGUAGUAGUAGUAGUAGUAGUAGUAGUAGUAAAGAGGGGGUGGGGGUGGGGGUGGUGAUGGAUCGGAUAAAGGGGCCGUGGAGUCCGGAAGAGGACGAGGCGCUGCAGAGGCUGGUGCAGAAGCACGGGGCGAGGAACUGGUCGCUGAUCAGCAAAUCCAUACCUGGGAGGUCGGGGAAGUCGUGCCGGCUGCGGUGGUGCAACCAGCUCUCGCCGCAGGUCGAGCACCGCCCCUUCACGCCCGACGAGGACGACGCCAUCGUCCGCGCCCACCGCCGCUUCGGCAACAAGUGGGCCACCAUCGCCCGCCUCCUCUCCGGCCGCACCGACAACGCCAUCAAGAACCACUGGAACUCCACCCUCAAGCGGUCGUUCACUGUGUUCCGACCUAUGACUCGCAUCUCGAGGAGCAAGGAUGAAAAACUUAGCGCCAAAACCUCUAAAUUGUAG